GAUACAAGGAACCUUCGGAGAUCCAAGUCUUCACACUAUUUAAAGUAUGUGCCUACCUCCCAGGUAGGAAAGCACGGCAGAGCAAGACGCAUUCAAGCCACGAACUGGAGGGCUGAGGGCUGACGGCACCGACCAGACGGGGCUUUGGGGCUGACGCGGGGUGCUUGGCAGCCGGAGCCCGAAAGCCGAUUUCGCACCGCAAUGCGCGAAAAAUCCUAGACUACCGAAACCUCCACUCUCUUUGUGUGACAACAAGUUCCCACCGUCAAUUGCCUGCGUUCCCUUGACCCUGGACUCUUUUCAAUCCAGAUAAUCUUUCCGCAAUGUCGCAAGAUAAGCCCCUCCCGUUCGUUUACCAGUUCGCCGCCGGUGCGAUUGCCGGUGUAUCUGAAAUAUGUCUCAUGUACCCCUUGGACGUUGUCAAGACCCGAGUGCAGCUGCAAACUGGCAAGGGUGGAGGCGCCGAUGCUUACACCGGCAUGCUCGAUUGCUUCCGGAAGAUUAUUCGGAAUGAAGGUUUCUCGAGGCUAUACCGUGGCAUUACAGCUCCCAUCCUGAUGGAGGCACCGAAGCGUGCUGUCAAGUUCUCCGCAAACGAUGAAUGGGGCAAAUUCUAUCGGACGGCAUUCGGCCAGGAGAAGAUGAACCAGUCCUUGUCGGUCCUCACCGGAGCUUCUGCCGGUGCCACCGAGGCUUUCGUCGUCGUGCCUUUCGAGCUGGUUAAGAUUCGCCUUCAGGAUAAGGCGUCUGCUGGGAAGUACAGCGGCAUGCUUGAUGUCGUCGCCAAGACCGUUCGCAACGAGGGUAUCUUGGCAAUGUACAAUGGAUUAGAGUCCACCAUGUGGCGGCAUAUCCUGUGGAACGCCGGUUACUUCGGCUGCAUCUUCCAGGUCCGUCAACUACUGCCCAAGGCCGACAACAAGAGCAGCCAGAUGGUCAACGACCUUAUUUCUGGUGGGAUUGGUGGCACGAUCGGCACUGUACUCAACACCCCACUCGACGUCGUCAAGUCCCGAAUUCAGAACUCCCCCAAGGUCGCUGGAGCAACACGUAAAUACAACUGGGCCUUCCCAGCAGUGGCGACCGUCGCUAAGGAGGAGGGUUUUGCCGCCUUGUACAAGGGCUUCCUGCCGAAGGUCCUACGUCUCGGCCCUGGCGGUGGUGUUUUGCUUGUCGUCUUCACAGCCUGUACCGAUUUCUUCCGCAAGAUGAGGGAAGAGCGUUGAAUGGUUGAAUGGUGAGAUCAGUGUUUGUUUACUUGCUUGCUCAGGGGCUUUCUCGAUCACGUGGAUCACCCAUGCAUUCGAUUGGCUUUUCUCACUCGCAUUCUGCGUUGUGCAUUUUCUUGUCUCCCAUUCAUCGUCGAGAUGGGGGUCUUACUUUUUUUUAAGUUUCAAUCUGCCUUGCUAUUACCAUGUAGUAGAGUAUAUAGAGUUGGGUAGAUACCUAGACGGGAGCUAUUUCCCUGUUCUUUGGCUAG